GCAGAGCGUCAGUGUCCCUAAGAGUAAGCCUGCUGCCUGCCAUCCUUCCUUAUGUGUGUGAGGGGAUCAGGUUCUCUCAUUGCUGUCACACACUAACCAGAAGCGCUCUCUGCUAAGCAGCUAUAUCAGUUCUCCCUCUAAGAAAAGGGAGCAUCUUACCCUGGAAUCCUGCUUUUUUAGAAUUCAGGAUGCCUAAAAGGAAAGAAUUACUUCUCCUGCUUCAAGUCUUGCUGCACUUGUAUGGAAUAUGUGAAUCACAGCCAAAUUAUCAAGUACUUGAUCUUCUUUCAACGCCAGUCCAGAGACAGAUCACCAGUUUCUUACAACAAGCACUCAGCAAUCCCUCCAUGAAUGAAGUAUUUGUACUGUCUACAUUUAAACUACAAUCAAAGUCCGCUGCCACCCUUUUUGGCUUAUAUUCUGCAAAUGACAACAGCCGUUUUUUUGAAUUUACAGUCAUGGGUCGUUUAAACAAAGCUUCACUUCGAUACCUCAAGAGCGAUGGUAAGUUGAACUCUGUCAUCUUCAACAACAUUGAGCUGGCUGAUGGGAAACAGCACACUCUCCUCUUGCACCUGACUGGUCUACACCGCGGAUCUAGCGCUGCAGAACUGUACCUAGACUGUAUUCAGGUUGAUGCUAUACGAGAUUUACCACGCCCACUUUCAGGAAUCAAUCUAAAGACUGGCUCCGUGCAGCUGAAAACUCUUCAAAAGAGAGCACAGGAUUCUCUGGAUGAACUGAAACUGGUAAUGGGCGGCUCUCUGUCCCAAAUUGCAUCAAUACAAGAAUGUUUUAUGCAACAAAGUGAGCCUGGACAACAAGCAGGUGAUGUCAGCAGACAGCUGCUUGGUCAACUAGCGCAACUGAACCAAAUGCUGGGAGAACUAAGAGAUGUUAUGAGACAGCAGGUGAAGGAAACAAUGUUCUUGAGAAAUACUGUUGCUGAAUGCCAGGCUUGUGGUUUAGGUACAGACUACCCAUUUCCAACACCAGUUUCUCAGACAACAGCAACCACCAAACCACCAAAGCCUAAAUGUGAUGCCACAUCUUGUUUCCGAGGAGUGAGAUGCAUAGAGACAGCAACUGGAUUUCAGUGUGGACCUUGUCCUGAAGGUUUCACUGGAAAUGGAGUAAUUUGCACACCAAAGCCUAAAUGUGAUGCUACAUCUUGUUUCCGAGGAGUGAGAUGUAUAGAGACAGCAACUGGGUUUCAGUGUGGACCUUGUCCUGAAGGUUUCACUGGAAAUGGAGUAAUUUGCACACCAAAGCCUAAAUGUGAUGCUACAUCUUGUUUCCGAGGAGUGAGAUGUAUAGAGACAGCAACUGGGUUUCAGUGUGGACCUUGUCCUGAAGGUUUCACUGGAAAUGGAGUAAUUUGCACACCAAAGCCUAAAUGUGAUGCUACAUCUUGUUUCCGAGGAGUGAGAUGCAUAGAGACAGCAACUGGGUUUCAGUGUGGACCUUGUCCUGAAGGCUUUACUGGAAAUGGUGUGAUUUGUACAGAUAUAGAUGAGUGUCGAUUCAACCCUUGUUUCCCAGGAGUUCGUUGUAUAAAUACAUCCCCUGGAUUUAAGUGUGAGGCCUGUCCACCUGGAUACACCGGGCCUAUUGUUCAGGGAGUAGGAAUUACUUAUGCCAAGCAAAACAAGCAGAUCUGCACAGAUGUCAAUGAAUGUGAAAAUGGGAGAAAUGGUGGCUGUGUCCUCAACUCUAUUUGUACAAACACAAUGGGAUCUUUCCGCUGUGGACCCUGCAAAGCUGGGUAUGUUGGGGACCAGAUCAGAGGUUGCAAACCUCAGAAAAGUUGCAGGACUCGAGAUCUGAACCCCUGUCACCCCAGUGCUCAGUGUAUUGAGGAAAGGGGAGGUGAAGUCACCUGUGUUUGCACAGUUGGAUGGGCUGGAAAUGGUUAUGUCUGUGGUAAAGAUACUGAUAUUGACGGAUAUCCAGAUGAAGCUCAGCAGUGCUCAGAGAAAACCUGCAGAAAGGAUAACUGUCUGUAUGUUCCAAACUCUGGACAAGAAGAUACAGACAGGGAUGGGGCUGGCGAUGCUUGCGAUGAGGAUGCAGAUGGAGAUGGUAUCUUGAACGAACAGGACAACUGUGUGCUGGCGGUUAACAUUGAUCAGAAAAACAGUGAUCAGGAUAUAUUUGGUGAUGCUUGUGACAAUUGCCGUUUAACUCUGAACAAUGACCAAAGGGACACAGACAACGAUGGGAAGGGAGAUGCUUGUGAUGAUGAUAUGGAUGGAGAUGGUAUCAAGAACUUUUUGGACAAUUGUCAGCGAGUGCCCAAUAUUGAUCAGAAGGACAAGGAUGGUGAUGGUGUUGGUGAUGCCUGUGACAGCUGCCCUGAUAUCAUCAAUCCAAACCAAUCAGACAUUGACAAUGACCUGGUUGGAGACUCCUGUGAUACUAAUCAAGACAGUGAUGGUGACGGCCACCAAGACAGCACAGACAACUGCCCUACAGUCAUUAACAGCUCCCAGUUGGACACUGACAAGGAUGGACUUGGGGAUGAAUGUGAUGAUGAUGACGAUAAUGAUGGAAUUCCUGACAUUAUUCCUCCAGGGCCGGAUAACUGCAGACUGGUCCCCAACCCUGGACAAGAGGAUGACAAUAAUGAUGGAGUGGGAGACAUUUGUGAGUCAGAUUUUGACCAGGAUACAGUUAUUGAUCGCAUUGAUGUCUGCCCUGAAAAUGCAGAGAUUACACUGACUGAUUUUAGGGCCUAUCAGACAGUUGUUUUGGAUCCAGAAGGUGAUGCUCAGAUUGAUCCAAACUGGAUUGUUUUGAAUCAGGGCAUGGAGAUUGUACAGACUAUGAACAGUGACCCUGGCCUUGCAGUUGGUUACACAGCUUUUAAUGGAGUUGAUUUUGAAGGCACAUUCCAUGUGAAUACUGUGACAGAUGAUGAUUACGCUGGAUUUAUUUUUGGAUAUCAGGACAGUUCAAGCUUCUAUGUGGUCAUGUGGAAGCAAACGGAACAGACCUAUUGGCAGGCAACACCUUUCAGAGCAGUAGCAGAACCUGGUAUUCAGCUGAAGGCUGUCAAAUCUAAAUCAGGACCUGGAGAACACCUCCGGAACUCCCUGUGGCAUACAGGAGAUACUACAGAUCAAGUCAGGCUUCUCUGGAAAGACCCCAGGAAUGUUGGCUGGAAAGACAAAGUUUCUUACCGUUGGUUCUUACAGCACAGACCCCAAGUUGGAUAUAUCAGAGCAAGAUUCUAUGAAGGGUCUGAUUUAGUAGCUGACUCAGGAGUCACAGUUGACACUACCAUGCGGGGAGGAAGACUUGGUGUAUUCUGCUUCUCCCAAGAAAACAUCAUUUGGUCUAACCUGAAAUACCGCUGCAAUGAUACAAUCCCAGAGGACUUUCAAGCUUUUCAAGCUCAGCAGUUUACAAAAUAAAGUAACAGAAAAAAAAACUGAAUAAUUUUAACACCUUUUUGUAUAUUAAUAGGAAAAAAGUCAUAAAAUGUUCAUAAAAGUUUGUGUUUUUUAUACUUAAUGUACAUGAAUGUAUGUGAAUUAAAAUGGAUGCAAUAAACUUAAGUUACAACUACAAA